AUGAUUGAAUCAACUUCGGGAUUUGUUAAGUCAUCGAUACCGUUGUAUCACAGUGCCCUUAAAUCUUUUAUCUUUAAAUGCGCGGAGUUGCUUAUGGGCAUAUUUAUUUUUAAGCUUUUCUCGCUUAUUGCUGCACGAUCAAACCAAUUCACAGCAUAUCUUAUGUUUACAGAAGAUUACAUCCAGCAAUCACUCUUUAUCUCCUCCCGGGGCCUUUCGCGCGGUGGGCUAGUCGUUCUACUAUUUAGCCUUCUUAGCAUUACUUCAUCCCUCUAUGGCACACUUCUUUGGGCUUUGGAUUCACCAGGCUACAUCUUCCAGGCAACAAACACGACCCACCGGGGAAAGCUCCCACAAAUCAUUGGUGCUGAACUAUUCAAUCCGGGUCUCAACUACAGUUUAACAGGGAAAGUGGACAACAGCCAUGGAACACCCGAAGUGGUAGCGCCGACACGAAAAGGGCUUGGUAUCGGUGCUCGUAUCUGGUUAGAUGGUGAUGGCUUCUCAGUUUCCCCGGACACCAACGCGAUGAUGCCUUAUACUGAUACUAUGAAUAUGACUUUGUUUAGUUCAUGCAUCUUGUUUAAUGAAGGGUCUGCUGUUUGGAAUUGCACAUUUAAUAAUGCCGAAGCACAGAGCAUUAUUGAAGGGGUAACAGGACUGCCCGAGGUUCAUUGGAACGAUGCGACUGACGAAGACAUGGAUUCACGAUACAUCAGGCCUAACAGGGUCGACAACAUUUGGGUCUCACUGGGCACAGGUGGAGGCUCAGCCUUCAUGAAUCAAGUAUUUACUGUAACCAAAGAAACAAGACGCCACACCUUUUUUCAGUCCACUUUUAAGGCGACAAUGGUGACCAAUCCCGGUAUUCCGUUUGGGCAAUAUGAAGUCGCUGACUUCGUCAACCGGACCUGGAGCACCAGCACCGACCAAGACAGUACGAAAGAAGCCAACCCUCUCAUGGGCCGUAUUAUCUACGACAUAAUGGGGGCUCAGGAUCAGGGUGUCAGUUACCAGUUUGGUGCAAACACAGCUGAUAACAACAAUAAGUCCGCUCUUCAAAAGAACUGGGGUUAUUAUACGCCGCAAGUCAAUAACGCCAGCAUGUAUUCUCUCAUCAGCAUUACCACCACAAAGAUCACACUCAUUCGAUCGGAAACACUUCUUGAGGCCCCAGAGCCUUUUGAGAAAUGUGAAAGAUCCAAUUUCCAGAACGAAGCAUUCGGUGGAAAGGUCACGCAGACUGAUUGCACUAGUUCCAAAGCUCCAGAUGUUAAACAUGGCUUCUUUGGUCAAGUUGAUACAGCUGCUGUAAUGAUCACGCGUGGUUUAGGUGCUGCUCGAUCAAACAUUAGUGCUCAGUCACUUGACGAAAAGUCCCUGACUUGGCUGCGGGAUCACUCUGGAGCAAUUGAGGCAUUAUUGACUGCUAGAGCUUACAGCGUCAGCAUCGACCCGUCACUUGUGGAACUUAGCGUUGAUAAGCUCAUGGUAGCUAUGUCUAGCUUGCAGCUCUUUUUAACCUGCUUGGCUUUAGUACUUGCUGCAGUUAUCUGGAUAGGCCUUAUGUAUUCUGCCGAUGGACACUGGUCUAGCACUCUUCUGGGGAACCUGAUUCAUACUACCUCAGAAAUGAACGAAGCAAACCCAGGAUAUGUCAAGAAAGCUCCAGAGAUAACCCUGUUGCCCAUGGGCCGGAAGAAGGUCUUGGCAGUGGAUGGGGGAACGUUGACUAUAUCAAAUACCGGAUUGACGUCAAUGCAGCCUUUUGCGACUUCUGACCCAUUUCCGGGAGAUCAAAAAGGGCAUAUGGAAGUGGAUGCAUACUCUUUAAGCUAUGGCGAACAAUAUACGGGGAGACAAAGGCUAUUAUCAAGUAUUGCUGCAAAUUGGCCUUGCGAUAAUUCAAUGUCGCUUUCGAAUCUCAUAAGUAGGUCCUUGGCUUCUUGA